AUGACGGGCGACAUCGAGAAGGCCGAGAGCCAGUCGUCCAAUCCCGACAAUGACAGCGCAACGGUCCACGACGACCCGGGCUUUGAGCCCAUCCGCACGGGCGCCCGCAGCGGCACACGAUCCAUCCGUCAUUCGCGGUCCCUCAGCCGGCCGCGGUCGCACAACGGCUACAGUUGUGAUGACUACCACCAUAGCGACGACAGCCCGCAAAGAGAAGCGGCCGAAAAGGAGGACCCCUACGAGGUGAGCUUCGACGGCGGCGACAGCGAUCCCUUGUGCCCUCGCAGCAUGGGCAAGUUCAGGAAGUGGGUGAUCGUAUCCAUCGUAUCAUGCGCCAGUUUUUGCGUCACCGCCGCAAGUUCCAUCUACACAUCGACCUACAGCCAGAUGGAUGCAGAGUUCGGCAACUCCCGUAUCGUAGCGACCAUCGGCCUGUCGACUUUCGUCCUUGGCAUCAGCCUGGGUCCCAUGUUCCUCAGUCCGCUCAGCGAGUUCUAUGGCCGCCGGCCCAUCUACAUCGUCUCCUGGACCAUGUAUGUCAUCUGGAUCAUCCCGUCGGCCGUCGCCAAGAACAUUGCGACCAUGAUCAUCGCCCGCUUCCUCGACGGCCUGUCGGGCAGCGCCUUCUUGGCCGUGUCCGGUGGCACCGUCAGUGAUCUGUUUACCCGCCAAGAGCUUCAAGCCCCCAUGCUCAUGUACUCGCUCGCUCCCUUCAUCGGACCGUGCAUCGGCCCGCUGAUUGGCGGCUUCAUCAACUACAACGUUAACUGGAGAUGGACCUACUACGUGUUGAUCAUGUGGGCCUUUGCGCUGCUGGUCGCCAUUGUCUUGUUCGUGCCUGAGACUUAUCAUCCGAUCGUCCUUCGAACUAAGGCACGCAAGAUCCGAAAAGAGACAGGUGACGAGCGCUGGAAGGCCCCGGUCGAGAAGAUGACAAAGUCCGUCAUCAAGACCAUCGGCAUCUCGCUGAUGCGGCCCUUCCAGCUGCUCUUCUUCGAGCCCAUGGUCCUCAACCUCGACAUCUUCUCGGCCAUUCUCCUGGGUAUCUUGUAUCUCUUCUUCGGCGCGUUCCCGCUCGUCUUCACCAACAUCCACGGUUUCAACCUAUGGCAAGUUGGCCUGACUUUCAUGGGCAUCCUUGUUGGCAUGUUCCUUGCCGCCGCGACUGACCCCCUGUGGCACCACAUCCGCGGUCAGCUCAUGGCCAACCUGGAGAAGGAGACGGGCGUCGAGGGCGCCAGCGAGCCGGAAUUCCGACUUCCCCCAGUCAUCUGCGGCGCCUUCUUGUGCCCGAUUGGCAUCUUUUGGUUUGGAUGGAGCCUUCAUGUGCAUUGGAUAAUGCCCGUCAUUGGAUCUGCCAUCUUUGGAGCAGGCAUCGCAAGCAUGGCCCAAAGUUGGAGAAAGGCCCGUGGUUCCGCAGCAUCCACAUCGUGCUGCGGUGACAAGACAUGUCCGUGGUCGCGUCAAGCAGGUUUCUGCAGGUUCAUGUCGAUGCUUAUCCCUUGUACGCCGCCUCGGCCCUCGCAAGUAAUGCCUUUGUUCGAUGCAUGUUUGCUGGUGAGUAACCUGGUGGCACCAAUACUCAUAACCACCCGGCUGGGUGGUGUCAUAUCUCGCUCUGUGCUGACUCGGAUGCCUUCGACAGCUGCUUUCCCAUUGUUUGGAACUCAAAUGUAUAACAAGCUCGGAUAUUCCUGGGCUUCGUCGUUGCUUGCUUUCUUGACGGUAGCCAUGCUGCCGUUCCCAUUCAUCUUCUUCAAGUACGGCAAGAAGAUCAGGGGUCGCAGCCGAUUCGCCACGCGUGCCUAA